CCCGCAUGGGCCACCCUCAACAACAUAGCGGGCCCGACCUGCGGCUUCUUCACUGGUGGGCGCGCUGUCCGACUCGUCGACCUCUCCCUACGGGCGAAGGAGGCCCAUCAUCGUGGCCGCGCUCGCCGCCUUGUGGGUGUCUGGGCUCCUCUUCGCCUCCAGCCCAGCGCUGGUGCCCGCCGGCGCGGCCGCGGGCUUUGCGGCCUGCAUGUUGUGGCUGACCGACAUCGCGCUCAACGCGCUGCAGACACCCAUGCGGGCGCUGGUGGCGGACCUCGCGUCGAGCGGUCAGCAGGUGCAGGUGCAGGUGUUGGUCAGCUGCUUCCAGGCGGUCGGAUCCCUGGUCGGCUUCUCCAUCAUGAAGGAAUACGGCAGCAACGACAGCGUUUCGGAGCACAUGCUCGAGAUCAUGGUCGUGGUGUGCUGCAUUGUCACGGUGGCGGUCGCCGUCAUGCUCUGUGCGGCCACGGAGACGCAGCUGGCGGGGGACCGCGCCGCCAGGCAGUCCAGCCCCGUCUCGGACGUGUUUGAGGCAGUGCGGGGGAGUUCCACGCUGCUGCGGCACCUGGUCGGCGUGCACUGCCUGGUGUUCGUCGGAGCGACGGUGUGGUUCUCGUACUCCGUGCAGUGGUUCGGCCUCUGCGUGUUCGCGGGCGAUCCCGCCGCGCCCCCGGGCUCCGCGGCCCAUCGCUUGUACGCCUCAGGCCAAGAGGCGUUCGCGUACGCGGGGCAGUGCGGGUCGUGGCUGAUGCUGCUCAUGACCCUGCUCCUCGUCGUCGCCCUCCACCGGACCACGCUGCCCCCCAAGGGCGCCUACCCCGCCUGCAUCUUCGUCGGGGCGGGCACCAGCUUCGCGGCCGCGUUCUUCGUGAACCACAACGCCACCCUCGCGACGGCCUGCAUGGCGCUGUCGGUGCUGCCCUGCGUCGGCGCGCACGGCAUCCCCUGGGGCCUCAUCGCCGCCAGCAACAAGGCUGCCGAGGAGCAGGGGCUCCCCGUCAGCACCGCGAUGCAGAUGGCCCUGCUGAACUGCGGCCUCGUGAUCGGCCAGCAGCUCACCCACAUGACGCUCGCGGCGCUGGAGAGCUUCGUGGCGCCCACGCUGGCGCUCCCCGCCAUGCUGGCCGCCGGCGCGCUGGCUCUGACCACGGCGGGCGCUGGCGCGCUCCUGCUCCCGAGCGGCGCCGAGGAGUGCGGCGCGCUGGGCGCGGGCGGGCGCGCUGGCGAAGCGGACCCGGAGCGCCACGGCGCCGGUCUCUGACGCGCAGAAGGGCGCGCGCAGGAGCGCAAGAGAGCGCGGGAGCGCGGGAGAGCCCGACGGAGAGCCCGAGAGCGCGAGAGCGCGAGGGGUCGGGGCGGGCACGGCGCCCCUCCCGCAGGGCGGCAGGCCACGCUCGGGGGCAGCGACGUCCUGCCCCCGUCGCAGGGGCUCGCUCCCUCCACCCGCGCCCCCCGCCAGCCGAGUGGCUUCGGCCGCCCUCUGCCGCGCGCGCUCCCUCGCCGGGCCAGGGACCCGAGUGGCCGUCAUCCUGAGGGCAGGAG